UAAAUAAGGCUGCUACCCACCAAUCUCCAUAACAUUUUCACCAACAAUUUCCCACUCUACAUCUCUUUCUAUCUCCAACAAUAACAACUUUUAUCAAACCCGAAAGUCAUUGAUACCCAAUGGCUUCGUCUUCUUCUUUGGGUUUCCCUUCUCUGCAACUACAGUUCCAAUCCCCAAGAAAGUCCUCCUCCUCCACGCGUCGCUUUUUAGUCCGUCCGAUCUCUGCCUCCGUGUCCGAGAUAACACCUUCCUCUGUUUCAGCACAGCCCCCGGAGCCAACCAACCUCCCCGUCAAGAAAAUCCCCGGAGACUAUGGCCUUCCCUUCGUGGGCCCCAUCAAGGAUCGCCUCGACUAUUUCUACAACCAGGGCAGAAACGAGUUCUUCAAGUCCCGCGUCCAGAAGCACCAGUCAACGGUGUUCAGAGUCAACAUGCCGCCGGGUCCCUUCAUUUCUAAAAACCCCCAAGUCGUCGUUCUGCUCGACGGCAAGAGCUUCCCGGUGCUCUUCGACGUUUCGAAAGUCGAAAAGAAAGACCUCUUCACCGGCACUUACAUGCCUUCCCUAGAGCUCACGGGAGGUUACAGAAUCCUCUCCUACCUCGACCCGUCGGAGCCCAAACACGACAAGCUCAAGCGCGUCAUCUUCUACCUCCUCAAGUCGAGUCGCGACUCCGUCCUACCUGAGUUCCACUCCAGCUACACGGAGCUUUUCGAAACUCUGGAAAGCAAGCUCGCCGACAAGGGCAAAGCCAACUUCGUCGAAGCCAACGAUCAAGCGGCGUUUAACUUCUUGGCCCGAUCGCUGUACCGGGCCAACCCGGCUGAUACCCCACUUGGGCUCGACGGACCCAAGCUGGUGUCGAAAUGGGUCCUUUUCAAUUUGGGCCCUCUGUUGAUGCUCGGCCUUCCCAAGUUCAUCGAAGACCCCCUGCUCCACACUUUCCGACUUCCACCAUUUCUGAUCAAGAAAGACUACCAGAGGCUCUACGAUUUCUUCUACCAGUCGUCCGGUCACGUGCUUGAUGAGGCGGAGCGGUUGGGAGUCUCGAGAGACGAAGCGUGCCACAAUCUGUUAUUCGCCACGUGCUUCAAUUCAUUCGGAGGGAUGAAGAUCCUCUUCCCCAACAUGCUGAAGUGGAUCGGCCGCGCCGGCGUUAAGCUCCACACCCAAUUGGCCGAGGAGAUCCGAUCCGUCGUCAGAUCCAACGGUGGAAAAAUCACGAUGGGCGGUAUGGAGCAAAUGCCUUUGAUGAAAUCCGUCGUGUACGAAGCGUUUAGGAUCGAGCCCCCCGUGCCGUUGCAGUACGGGAAGGCCAAGACGGACCUCGUGAUCGAGAGUCACGAAGCGGCAUUUAAGGUUAAGGAAGGGGAGAUGUUGUUCGGGUUUCAACCGUUUGCAACAAAAGAUUCAAAGAUUUUCGAGAGAGCGGAGGAGUUUGUAGCGGAUCGGUUUGUCGGUGAGGAUGGUGAGAAGCUGUUGAAGCACGUGUUGUGGUCGAACGGCCCGGAGACCGAGAGUCCGACGGUCGGGAACAAACAGUGCGCCGGAAAAGACUUCGUGGUGUUGGCGUCGAGGCUUUUGGUGGUGGAGUUUUUUCUCCGGUAUGACUCGUUUGAGAUUGAAGUAGGGUCUUCGCCGUUGGGGGCUGCCAUUACUGUGACGUCACUGAAAAGAGCAAGCUUCUGAGUUUUUCUCUUUUUUCUAAUGUUUUAUUUUUGGGAACUUGUAAAUUUUUAUUAUUAUUUACUUUUUAAUAUAUUGGGGGGUUUUGUUUGUUUAGUAGUGGAUUAGUGGGAUAUUCGACUGGUCCACAUCACAUGUGAGCAAUUGGAACAUUAUAUUUUUAGCCAAGGAUAAAUAUAAAUAUUCAAGUUACAUGUGGGAAUUAA